CAGCCUCCGACCUUGGAUCUGCCACAGGCCUGGCGGGUUGUGGGCAGGGGAGGGUGUAGCUACUUCUGUUUCUGCGGGCGGAAGUGUGCGAACUGGGGAUUGCGGGGUGGUAACUGCAUCGGGGGCUGUUCGGCCCUACAAAUGUGUAUCUGAUGCACCAUCAAUAACUCACACUGAGACGUAGGCGAGAUAUCGGCUUUUAUUGACUGGAAGAAGGAACCAGGAAUUUCCCACCCACUGUUCGAAAUGGAACUAUUUGAAAAAAUAAUUUCAUUCUUUUGAAGAUAUUACAUUGACUAUUUAUAAUUUAGUACAGUUUACUUUAUCCUCAAGAUAAUGGAUAUGAACACGAACUUGACCAAUGAUCAUCUGACUCAGUAUGCAAUCCAUCGGAGUUUACAAGAAGCCAGUAAUCAGUCAACUCAAUAUUACGAAAGCAUUUUACCACCUAGCCAAGAAAACAGACAGAUCGUGAAAGCAAUCAGGCAAGGAGAAAUUCUUGAACUACAGCGACUGAUUAAACAUAAGUUUGCCUUGGAUGAAGCAGACGAGAAGGGGUGGUUUCCAUUGCAUGAAGCUGCUGUUCAGCCCAUUCAACAAGUGCUUGAGAUUAUAUUGGAUGCAUCAUAUAAAACAAUCUGGCAACAAAAGACUGAAGAUGGGGAAACUCCACUUACUUUGGCUGCUGCAGCUGGGAUACUGGGGAAUGUGCAGGCUCUUUUGGAGAAGCGGAUUUGUCCCAAUAUUACUAACAACAAAGGAGAAACACCCCUAUUGAUUGCUGUGAGAAGAAAUGCCUAUAAGAUGGUUUCAGUGUUGCUCCAGCAUGGGGCACUUAUUAACCGGCCUUGUGUCAGACGAUGGACAGCGAUGCACGAAGCAGCAAAGCAAGGACAAGAUGAUAUGGUAGCAUUGUUGCUAAGGAACGAUGGGAAUAUUAAUCAGAAAGAUGGGUAUGGAGUAACUCCUGUUGCCACAGCUGCUGCUUUUGGACACUGCAGUGUUCUGGAGUAUCUCAUUCAUAAAGGAGGUGAUGUUCAUGCCCAAGCAGAUGACGGUGCUUCAGUGCUCUUUGAAGCAGCUGAAGGAGGGAACCCAGACUGUAUCACAGUGCUGCUUGAAUAUGGAGCCAAUCCCAACACACCAGACAAUGCAGGUCACCUUCCAAUUCACAGAGCAGCACAAGAGGGACAUUACUUGGCCUUGAAGCUUCUUAUUCCAGUCACCCGGAAGUCAGCGAUUAAGAGAAGUGGGAUAAGUCCAAUCCAUUUGGCUGCUGACAAUGGCAGUACCCAAUGUCUGGAAUUACUGAUGGAAAGUGGAUUUGAUGUUAAUGCAGUUAUAAAUGAAGAGAUAGCUGCAACCUAUGAUGAUAAACGGAGGACGGCCCUGUUCAUUGCUGUAUCUAAUAACGAUAUUGCCUGCUCUGAACUCCUGCUGAGAGGGGGUGCACUACAAAACCAAGAUCCACUCUCCAGCCUCCUUGUCGCAGUGAGAGAAGGGAAUCACGAACUUGUGCGUUUACUUCUACAUCAUGGCGCCAAUGUCAACUGCUACUUUACCCUCAUUAACGAUACUCUCUUUCCUACUGCCAUGCAGUAUGCUGUAAAAGAUGAAAUGAUGCUUAGACUCCUGCUCAAUAAUGGCUACAAUGUGUCAAUCUGCUUUGACUGCAUACACACAGACAGUCUGGGACGGUUUCGUCUCCAUCCUAUGGUUGAAUCAAACUCCUAUAUGACCUCAUUCUGCGAAUUCAUUACUGUUCCAUGGAUGAGCCAUUUGGUCGGCAGGGUUGUGCGAGUACUGAUAGAUUACGUGGAUUACGUUUCCUUCUGUGGGAAAUUAAUACCUGUACUUGAGAAGCAGAAGGAAUGGCCUGAGAUCUGCCACAUUAUGGAAAACCCUCGUCAGUUGAAGCAUUUGUGCCGACUGAAAAUACGGAAACUUGUGGGGCAAAGACGGCUGCAAGAUCCUACAUGUUUAGUGUUGCUUCCGCUCCCUCCUAUGCUUGUGGAUUACCUCUUGUAUAAGGAAUAUGACCUGUAUGGAAAAAGUCUUAGUGUACUGUAUUAGUGUGUGAACUGUAAUCAUCAUGUAUCAUAAUUGUAGUUGUAGUAUCUUAUAAUUCAUAUUCUUAAAUUGGUCAUAAAACCGCUGAAUUACCACCUACAGUGAGCCACCAGUUUGCUGAAUUGGUCAGCACAGUUAGUGUAACAAGUGACAAGUCUGUAACAUUAAGAAUUGAGGACUUCUGGUUGAACUAUUCUGUAAUUACAAUAUUUGCAAAUCACAAAAAUGUUAAAAAUGCAUAGUAACACUCAAAAUGUUGGAUGAACUCAGCAGGUCAUCAGGCAGUAUCUGUAGAAAACAAUGAACAGUCACCAUCUUAGCCCAAAAUAUCAAUUGUUCAUUCCUUUUUGUAGAUGCUGCCUGACCUGCUGAGCUCCUCCAGCAUUUUGUAUGUGGGUACUCUGGAUUUCCAGCAGCUGUGGAAUACCUUGUGUUAGUUAAAAAUAUAUGAGCUUUUCAAACAUAAAACUAAACCAAGCAGAAGCCUUUAUUCUGAAAUAAUCUCCUGUAUGUCCAACAUAAUAACUUUUUUCAUAAACCCAACUUUGCCAUACACAAACCCUUCAAGGUCUGGUGCAUAUCUAUAUAUUUCUAUACAGUUUUCAAAGGCAGCUAAUCAUGCAGCAGCUCAAGUACUUUUUAGCAUAUUUAUUCCCACUUUGUGUAAUGUAAUUUCCACCGCUUCUCUGCAGAAGGCAAUAUUAUUCCUGCCGCAUAGCAGUUUGUGCUUCUUUAAUACCAGCUCCAUUUAGAUCUUUGAUAGUGAGUAUUGACACUUUUAAACAGGGUCAUGAUCAAAAUCAAUGUGAUGAAUGUAACUAUGGUAAGUUUGCAUUCAGUAUAUUUGUUAACUUUGGAAUUAAUUCAGGUCCUCUGUAUCAGUACAAUGAGGCCCUAUACUGAGUAGCUGGUAAUGAUGAAUGAAUGGUUAAUAAAUUUCUCCAUGCUUGAAAGACAUUUCUUAAGCUGAUGCAGAAAAUAAUAUUAACUGUUUUCUGCUCCUCUAACAGUAAUUGAACCCUAUCCACUGGAUGAAUGAGUUUAAGUAAGCAAGCCAAGUACUUCACUGAUGUGUACAUUUCAGUGUCAAUCUGAAACUAUAUCACUAGGUAUAAUUAAUUUCUUCAUUCAACAGCUCCUGUAAUAGCAGGUCAAUUAUAGUCCAGAAGAAAUCAAUCUUCACUCAGUUAUUUGCAUCAUGCUGACAGACUAAUAGUUUACAGGGAUUGGUGAUCACUUCUAUUCCGGACAUUCACAUUAUUUGAUGAAAUACUUCAAAAUAUAAACCUGUUCAUUAAAAUAUACAGGCAUGCUUCUGGAUUUGAGUUGUUAUUGCUUAAAAUAAAAUGGUUUAUUUUAUUAAAAUAAUUAGCAUUAAGUACACUGCAAUGUUUCCCCAUAAUUUUAGGUGAUUCACAUCAUUCUUUAUGCUGUACUCGAGAAGACUAGUGAGAAAACCUGCUGAAAUUAAAGUACUUAUGCUAUAAGCUAUUUGUUUUCUCAUUUGUGAUUUUAUUUCCUUCACUGUUUUCCUCCACUGAGUUGUUACCUUUAACAGCAAAUGAUCUGAUUUGUUGAUUUAUCUAAGCAAUUUACCACAUUUUCCUCAGCAUAUUUUGAAUCAAGUCUGUUUAAGCCAAAUCAAGCUUUCAACAGAAUGUGAUUUACAACAAAUUGCAAAUAAUCAGUCACAAAGGAGCUCAACUAAAACUAUUGAAGUUUGGGAGAAAGUAAGCAAUAAAAAAUGUACAAGCCCGGUCUUUUCCUCUGAACCUAGGUAUUAAAGUUUGCUGUGCUUUUCAGGUAAAGCUUGAUUAAGUGUUGCUUUUACUGAACAAUCAACAUAGAACACAUAACAGUACACCACAGGAACAGGCCCUUCAGCCCACAGUGUUGUGCCAAACUAGCUAAAAAAUAAAUCCAAAACUAAUCCCUCCUUCCUACACAAAGCCAAUAUCCUAUCUUCCUCACAUUCAUGUAACUAUCUAAACAUCUCUUAAAAGCCUCUAAUGUAUCUGCCUCUAACACCAUGCCAUGAUGCAUGCAUUCCAGGCAUCCACCACACUCUGAGUAAAAAGAAACUUAACCCUCACAUCCCCUUUGAACCUACUCCUCUCACCUUUAUUGCACGCCCACUGGUAUUAGACAUUGCUACCCUGAGAAACAGAUAUUCCCUUUCUACUCUAUCUAUGCCUCUCAAAAUCUUAUAGACCUCGAUCAGAUCUCCUCUCUGCCUCCACUGAGUAAGAAUGACUUAACGUGUUUUUUUUAAAGCUGCUUUGCUAUACCUAACAAUCAUUGCACAUCACAACAUGGAAAUGGUACAAGAUCAGUCACAAGCUGGGCUCAGACUUCAUUAUAAUUUUUAUUUCAAUAAAAUACAUAUUCUGAUUCAGAUCGCCUCCUGACACCGCGCCUACUAGCACUUUUGAAAUCAAAUUUCUCUACUAAUAUAUCCUAUCAUGCAAUUCACACAUACAAAAUGGGAGAAGUUCCUCCUGGUUUAUCCCACUCCAUCACUGGAACAUUGAUGGAACUGUGGUAGAAUUGGCAUCCCUUCACGGAAAUUACAUGUGGUGGUGCAACAGUUAACACUGCUGCCUCACAGCUCUAAGGAUCAAUAUUUGAUACUUACCUCGGUUGUCUCUGUCAACAGUUUACACAUUCAACCUGCAUGUUUCCAGGAGGUACCCCAGAUUGCUAUCACACCUUAAGCACAUGAUAUUAGAUUAAUUGUCUGCUGUAAUUUACUCUUUUGUGUGAAUAAGUGGCAAAAAAAACAAGGAGGAAUUGUUGGGCAUCUAAGGAAAAUAAAUUGCUGUCAAAGGGAAAUAAAGGAAAAUAGAACUAAUGGGGUUGUUGGGAGAUAAAAUAGAUCAGAUGGGCUGAAUGGUAUUCAUCUGUGUCAGAAUGAUUAAAUAAAAUACAUAUAUUGUUGUAUUACAUUAGGUAUUCAGAAUUCAUUCCAUUUUUAUCAUUUAUACUGGUACACCCUUCCAAUUAGUGUUAUCCAAUAAAUCUCAACCUGAUGAUCCAAACUUUGCAGGUCCAGCCUCCCAGCUUAAGUUCUGAUAUGAGGAUUGAAAUGUCAGCAUCCCCUUCUUUAACUGAGCCCCAUUAUUGUGCUCAAAAUGUGACAUUAAAUGGAAACACUGAUGCUGAUCAGCUAAUGUUAAUCAGUAAUGGGAUCCAUUAGGAUCCGGCGUUUUGUUAGAGGUUGUAUCAUUAUUGCUUGCUUUACUAAACUUUAAAGCAGAGGGGAAUGUCAAUAUGCUACAUUGCUCCCAGCCUGAUUCUAAUGGUUCUUAAGCAUAAAAAUGAAUUGUAAAUGUUUUAUAAGCAAUGUUUAAUUCUUGCAUUCACAGGUUUAAAUGGCAUUUGAAGCAGAUACCAGUCAAU